AUGGACACCUGCGAGUACGACGACAGCCUCCCAUACAGGUACUUUCUGCCAAACGGCUCGCUGGUGACCCAUGGCGUCUACACGGAUGUCCCCGGCUACUCUGCACCGGUGUGCGUCUUCAGCACCGAGCUCUGUGUCAGCAACAUGCGCGGCGAGACGUCCGACGAGUGCUGCAAGCCCAACUCGUCGCAGCCGCCCUUCUGGGUCCCGCUCGUCAUCGGCGUGGUUGGCUACGAAACCUUGAAGCAGGUCGUCGGCUCUUGGUUGCGCGGCAAGGAGGAGGCCAGGUCGGCCAUGGCCUUGGCCCGCGAAGCGCACGCCAAGGACGACGUGCUCUUCGUUGACUGGUACCUUCCGGAUCUUGGCCCUGGGUGCAAGCUCCUGAUACCGGGCCACGCCCACGCCUACACUGUCAAGGCGCUCGGCCUCGGGGAGACGGCGAGGGCAUCGGCGCUCACGGACGGCAGCCUGCCGAUCACGCUCAGGGAAGGUCUAUCUGCCGGCGCGAGCGCGGGCACGAGUGUCACGGAGAGGGAGGUUGACGACCCUAUGGAGCAUAUGUUCCGACAGUACGACGGCCUCGGAAUGCUCGUCCUAUUCAUCGUCUUUAUGCUCAGCCUCUCGGCGGGCAUCAUGCAGGGCUCAAUCAUGGCGCCAGAGAUCCAGGCGACGCUCGACCCGACCGAGCGCUCCGCCGAGCUCGCAAUCUCCUCAUUUAUCGCGCCCGUGCGCGAGAUCUUUGCCUUCCUCGAGGACGGGAUGGUGGUGCGCGUCUCGUACGCCAUCGCCGCCGGCCGCAACGCGGAGCUCAACCUGCUUCUGCACAUCUCCAUCGUCGGCGGCAUCGCCACCGGCCUGCUCGCCUUCCUCUGCAUGAUGGCCAUCGCGCUCUCGCCCUCGGCCGCGGUCCUCCUCGACCCCUCCUCCUCCUCCAACCAGCAGCUGCUCGAGGAGGGCUGCUCUCUCGUGCCGGAGCCCGCGACGCUGCUCGCCGCAGCGCGCUCGUACUGGCUGCUCGCCACCGCCGUCUGGAUCGGCGGGUUCAUGCGAAAGGGCGUCGACGGCUUCAUGCUGGGCUCGGGCUACCUGAUCACGUACCUGAUGCCCUCGAUCCUCAGCGGCGGCUUGCCGCUCGUAAUCUGGUUCGUUGGCAAGCCGGCGACGAGCACAAACGGCUUCUCGCCGCUGACGCUGCUCGGCGUGGCGAUGGGCACCGACGACUGGAUCAACGCCAUCGCGCUGCUCCUCUUCAUUGCGUGCGCGCGCGACCUCCAGAAGCGUUACGACCUGCGGCUGCUCCUGCCGUGGCGAAAAGCACCCCCGGGCGCGCCGGGCGAGACGUCACCGAGGGAGGUCAUGCUCAAGGUGCUGCGUGAGAGCUCCGAGCUGAUGAUCAUCGACCUGGUCAUUCAGGUCUCACGCACCGCAACCAUAUACCUCGCCGCCAGCCAGUCGGCCGAGCUGGCGUACAAACUCUCCGCGCCAGCCGCUGCAUAUUGGGUCCUGGGUCCCGCAAACGUGCAAGGCUACAUCAUCAUGUUCCGCACGAUGGGCUCGAAGCUGAUCGCAAACGGCCGGCACCGCGCAUAUCUGCAGAUGUUCCUCGCCGUCUUCCUCCUCUCGCUCAUCAUGUCAGUCUACUCAGUCAUCGCCUCGAUCAUAUGGCGAGACGAGUUUACGCAGAGCUACGGCAAGACCGCAUGCGUCUACGCAUCGAGCGCCAACUGCACGGGCGCGUACGCCAAUGUCUUUAUGACCCCCGGCGGUGGGACCGAGACGUCCGCCUUCAACCUCCCGGGCGUUUUCGUCGCUCUCGGGCCUGUCGUCGGGGUGCGAAUGAUCUUUAUGACGGCCCGCGUCGGCCUCAACACGUCGCACGACUUCCGGUACAUGUCGCUGUGCGCGCUGGCUGCAGGCAUCGCCUUCAUCCCGAUGCUACUCGUUUGCCACUACUACUGGCGCAGUGCCCUCGGCUACUACCUGUCGAUGAACCUGGUCGAGUUUCUGCUCGCGAUUCUCUACGGCGCGCGCAUGGUCGGCCACGUCCACAAGCUGAUCAAGGGCGAGCCGGGGCCGUGGACCGAGCACAUGGGCGAGGUCCGCCGGGCGACGGAAGAGCGGCUCAGCAAGGGGCGGGCGUCUCGAGGACCGUCAAGGCGCGACUCAAGUAGGGCGAAAGUCAUGGACUCAAGGCAAGUCCUGGAGCUGGAAUGA